AUGACCUCGGUCACAAAAGCCUUUCUUCCCAAGACCAUAACAGAUUCCCCAGCUCACCCCAAAGACGCAACCGAUACCGCACCCACAGCUCCAGCCCACCCCAGAGACGCACCGAUCACGUACCCCGAGCUCUUCCCCAACCAGCAGCGGAACCAGCACCAGCCCCCAGAUCUCGUUUCCCCCGGGGUAGUUUUGUCGGUCAUCGUAUAUUUCG